AUGAAAUCGAUUUUUCUGCUAGAACUUUUUCUGAAUUUCAAAGUUAUUCAAACAGUCACGUGUCAUUGCUUUGGGUAAAUUUUGUUUUUUAUCGAAAAAGAAUGUGUUUGUAAAACUUUCCAAAACAGGUUUUGAAAAAGAGAAAGAGAACUUUAGAAAUUUUAUGAUACUGUUAUUCUUUUUUUAGCAGCGGUUGUGGUUUAACAGAAGAGUGUAAAGGUCAAUAUUGUUAUACAACAUGGGUUCUUGAAGGUGGAGAAGUUGACAAAACAGUUUGUUCAUAAUUUUUCAUACUUCUCAAAGUUUCUCUCCAUAAUUUCAGGGAUGUGUAACAAGCCGCCAAGAACUAUCAACAAGUCAAUGUGUGAAAACCCGUAAAGGAUCUGUCACUUGUGUUUGUAGGUUUUUGAACUGAACUGAACUGGAUAUCAUUUUUCUUUGUUUCGCUUUCCAUAUAAUUUUUCUUCUGAUUGAUCUAUUCAUCUGACAAAUCGAAGACAGUUUUUUAAAGACAUUGGAUUUUUAGCAGCGGGGAAAUAAGUUUUCUGAUGUUUUAGAUAAAAAUCUAUUAAAAAAGUGACGUGAUGUCUGGUGGAUCAAGUUUAUUUGAGGGGAUUCAAGGGGGAAAACUGAUCUAUUUUGCAUCGCUUAUGUUAGAAAGAGAAAAUAUCAUGUUUAAUGCAAUUCAAUCAUUGAAAGUUCAAAAUUUCUGUUUUUCCUUUUCAUGUGACACGGAAUACUGUAAUAGCGAAGAAUUUGCAAUUCCAUCGGAUGCAACAUUUUAUACACCUCCAACAAUCAAAUGUGAUUUAUCAACUUCGACAGUGGCCAAUGAUUUUUGUUUCGGGCAUUCAUGCGACUAUAAUGGAUAUUUUGUAAGUGUCCACUUCAAAAACAAUUUCUCUUAAUUUUCGUUUUUUUUCUCUAGCAGACGAAUGAAUUUGGUGAUGUGUUCGUUAGCGAAAUCGAUCGUGAAUGUUCAGAUUAUCCUGGUAAAAAUCAUAAUUGCGGCUUGAAAAUAAAUGUUUAUGUUUUCAGAUAUGUUGAAUUUUCUUGGAAGAACAAAUAGUUGUCAAUUAGUUGAAAAAAGUCUGACAUGUUCUUGUGGGACAGCAUUUUGUAACAAACAACAACCAUAUGAAGUAAAGAUCGGAAAAGUCAAAUGUUACAAAUAUGAUCCUAAAAACAUGUAUAAAUCCGAAUUCUGUUAUGGAGAUUUAUGUUAUCGUUGGAAAGAAACAUUAUAUGGGGUUGAGAUUCUUGGGUGUAUGAGGUUAGCUUUUAUUUAAAAAAAAAUAGGGCCACGUUCUGAAGCAUAGCUUGUGAAAAGUAUUGGAUCAGAAUCAGAGCUAGCAGAAACAUUCCACGCGUUUUAACGGUGUGCAAAUUAGGUUUCCCACUUUUUAGGCCCGUUUCAUACACCUACAUUAACUAUACAUAUAUUUAUAAAAAUCACAUAAGAAAACUUGUUUUUUGUUUAGCCUUGGCUAUGCGGAAGGUUUGGAAUAUUUAUCGAAACCAGGAAGUGAAGGAAGUUCUAACAUAUUGGUACGAUUCUGUGAUGAAAACUUGUGUAAUGGCGAUUAUAAACCUAAUUGA